GGAGUGAAUUUAACGAGUAUACUCCCUGUCUUUUUGCUCCACACUAACUCAGUUAGUGGCGGUAAUGCACCUGGUGCUGCUGUGAGCCGCUAUAAGUUUCACAAGGAGGGGAAGUGACGCCAAUUUUGCGCGACGCUGGGAAGCGAGGAUGGAGGAGCGGGAUCCAGGGCUGCCGGGCUCCAGACCCGUGGAGCUGGGCUUCGUGGAGCCGGCGGCCCCGGCGCGGCUGGCGAGCUCGCAGUUCCCCAGUAAGGUGGGCGGGCGGCCGGCCUGGCUGAGCCUGGAGCUGCCGGGCCCCGAGCGCCUGCGGUGCGGCGGAUGCGCGCAGCCCCUGAUGUUCCUGCUGCAGGUGUACGCGCCGCGGGAAAGCGCCUUCCACCGCUCGCUCCUCAUCUUCUGCUGCGCGCUCUCGGACUGUCCGGAUCGCAGCUUCAUCAUCCUGCGGAGCCAGCUGGGGCGGGUCAACGAUUUCUAUUCGGCCGAGCCCGAGCCGGAGCCGGAGCCAGAUGCACCCGUCAGACCGAUUCCUGGGCUCAACCUGUGCCGCGUGUGCGGCGCCUCUGGCCGCAAGACUUGCUCCCGUUGCCAUCGCGCCCGGUACUGCGGCAAGGAGCACCAAAGAGCCGACUGGAAAGCGGGGCACCGAGCGGUGUGCGGCCAGCCCGGACAACCGGACGAUGAUGGGUUUUCAGCUCUCAAUAUCCUUUUUCCCGAGUUCGAGUUGGUGAUGGAGCUCGAGGAAUCGGAGGGUGAGGAGCUGGAAGAACUCCAAACGUGCAUGGGCUCAAUGUCAGUACAAAAAAGUGUUUGCAUGUCUGAGGUGAUGGAGGAGCAGGAGCUGGAAGCCAUGGCAAAACAUGCAACGAAAGAAGACCAGAUCUUUGCUAAGUUUAAGAAGCGGAUUGCAUUAGCACCAGAUCAGGUGUUGCGCUACUGCAGAGGCGGAGGCCCAUUGUGGGUAUCUGGUAAUAACACUCCAACGGAUAAUGAUAUCCCAAAUUGUUCUUGUGGAGCUCGGCGUGAAUUUGAAUUUCAGGUGAUGCCACAGUUGCUUAACCAGCUUAAAGUGGAUCGUCUUGAAGAAAGUUUGGAUUGGGGAACACUUGUUGUUUAUACAUGUGCACAAAGCUGUGACCCUGGCAACACAUACGUUCUCGAGUUCAUCUGGAAGCAGGAUUUUUCUGCAGAGCAGGUCUAAUCACCUGCUGCAUAUGAACAGAAUCUAUUGCCUAGAUUCCUUCCCCUUCACCUCCAAAGACUUCUCUUUUAUAGAUAACAUGACUGUGUUCACUCGCACUUUCAACUGUGUGAAGAUGUUCUAAACAAUCAGCAGCCAUUGCUCCAAGAAUAUAUACUUAAAAUUAAUGGAGAGACAGAUAGUUUGGGGUCUUAUUUUGUAAAGACUGUUGUUUUACAAACUGAGAAAAAAGAUAAUGUACAGACAAAUAGUAAAUUGUAUUGAUACAUUAUCUUUUUAUGCUGUGAUCUUAGUAAUUUUGGUAGGUACAGAGAGGAGAACAUUUUAAAUGGAGACAACAAUUCUACACGUUGUAAGAAAUUGGUUAUUGCAUUGAAACAUCCAGUUGAGCGUAGUGACGGGAAAAUUUAGCUCCUGUGUGGAUUCAAAGAAGAAAAGUCACAUGGGUAGCAUGAAGCAUGGUUGACAAAUGUUUACCUGCAACUCAGAUUUUCUAUUUGUAGAACUACCUGUUACAGGAGUUAUGGUGCAGAAAAGCAACUAUUGCAAAAAUAGCAAAGUGGCUACCUUGUGGCACAAUUUCUUUUCUUUGCCAGUUCUCUGAAGGAAAAUUGAGAGCUUAGUCAAAUUUACCUUACCAUUAAAUACUUCCAGUAAUCUAGCCUUUACUCUAGGAUAUAGAAUUCCAGAGAUUCAAAACCCAUUAUCAGAAGAAAAUCCCAAUAAGUUUUAGAUCAGUGCCCUCUUAUAACAUCUCUUUUUGAUGUUCUCAUAAUUGGAAACACAUGUCCUAUCAUGCCCACUUAUCAUUGCGUAUUUCAAUAAUAUCUCAAAUUCUUUAAAAUAGGUAAUACAGAUGAAGUUAAGUUGUUUUGCCUUUUGCUUGAAGACAACUCUCAUUCAAAGAAUUAGUUGAAUGAAUCACUUCGCCACCUCCAAUUCUGCCUUAAAUGUAAACUUUACACUAUAUUCAAGGUGCAGCCUUAAUGAUGCCCUGUACAAUUAGAACAAUAUUUUAAAAUUCUAAUCCCUUUGUAAUUUACCUUCUGAACUACAGCCUGCACCUGAAUGCUAAUUUUCUGUUAGCAAUAUUAACUGGAUCUGUCGUACUUUAGUCAUUUGCAAUAUCUACAUUGAGAAGUUUGAGCUUGGUUUCCUUUUAUACCUCACACUUUCAUGUAUUGAAUUGCAUUUGGCAAGAUUUCACCCACCUACUCUGGCUUGUGGCAGUGCCCAAAUAUCUCCUCUUGCCAUGGUAGCGUAGCAGCUGGUGCUGCUAUUGCAGCUCUGGUGUUCUGGGGUUUAGAGUUCAAUUAUGGUGCCAUCACUAAGGAGUUAUGUUCUCUGCAUGAGUGUGUGGGUUUCCUCUGGGUGCUCCCAUUUCCUCAUGCGGUCCAAACACUGAGGUGAAUUGUUCCUUGUAAGUUAGGCUAGUGUUAAAAAGGUGUGUUGCUGGGCGGUGCGGCUCAUCGGGCGGGAAGGGCCUGUUCUACGCUGUAUACAUUCAAUCUUCUCCUCCAAGUCAAUAUUAUGCACCAAUUUAUUGAAGGCCAAGAAAUGAUCUGUGGGACACACCACUCAUUAAAUCUUAAAGCAUGAACAAAACAUUAUUCCCAUUUACAAAAUACCUGGCUCUGAUUAAGCUACAGC